UGUUUCAUUUUCCUGGUAAGUCAGUGUUUCUAGGAGAGGAUGGGCCUUUUCACCUCUCCCCAAGUUUUACUGAUACGUGAGCAUAUAUAACCGGCACAAUUUGAAAAGAACCAUUCACUGUUGGCCAUCUCUCCAGAUCUGGAGCCUGAGAAAAUGACCUGAAGUUGUAGCAGGAGAAAUUGAGGUAGGAUACUAACAGAGCUUUUUGGGAGGAGGACUAGGCAAGAGGUUUGGGGAUGAAGGGAUGAGAGUGAAUGCAGUGUUUAAGGGAAGUGAUGAAAGGGGAGUACUUCCUUCUUUGGGUCAUCUUUGGAGAUGGUUUGAAAGGAAAGGUAAAGGUGAUUUUGAACAUGACCCAGGUCUCUGGUCUGCUCUGUGUCCUGUUCUCUUUCUCUUACCCUUUCACUGUGGAAUCCAUAUAACCCUGGAAAGGAUGCUGGUCGAGAGAAUGGCCAGCUGACAGAGAUGCUGAUGCAAAUGGUUGGUAGUAGUAGUUGAUAGCAGUAGCCAAAUGCUUAGAGUGUGACCAGGAGCCUUCUAAUAUUCCAGGGUGGGAGAGGACACUCCAAACUCCUGCCAAAUUCUCCCAGCUGAGGGUAAGUUAGAGGCUUUCAACUUUUAAGUUCAUCAUGCUCUGACUUCUGGCCAUGAUGCUCUGGCCUUUUUAACUUUGAACUAUAAAAAUAUUCACAGAAAACUCUGAAGAGGAAAAUAGAAUUAGUUUUUGAAUCACCUGCUUCCUCCAGGUGUCUGAAAAAUCAAGAGUGAUUUCAAGUUUAGUAAGUAAAAGGAAACCAGAGGGUGCAUGUCAGCUGAUGAGAUAUUUCUGCAACUCACGGAGAACUGUGGUUUGUGUGGUCUGUCUAUGCCUCCAGUGAUGGAGAGCGGGCAGUUGCCUGAAGUUGUGGGGCUAAGUCAUGUCCUCCAGGCUGCUCUAGGGCUGCCACCUUCCAGCUGGGCCAUCUUACCUGGAUUGUCUAUGUGGCAGGCCUUCCAAAGCCCCAGUGGAGAAAGAGGUCCUAUGGACAGGAGGCUGGCAGUGUGGGGUGGAGACCAUGUUCCCUUUGCAAGAGGACUGCCGGGAAGAAGGCAUCUGCCCCAUUUGCCAGGAGAACCUGAAGGAGGCAGUGAGCACUGACUGCAAGCACCUCUUCUGUCGAGUGUGCCUGGCCCGGCACGUGGCAAAGGCCCCGGCCUCUGGAGUCCUCUGCUGUCCUCUCUGCCGGAAACCCUGUUCCGAAGAGGUGCUGGGGGCAGGCUAUAUCUGCCACAGCCACCAGAAGAAGGUGUGCUGGUUCUGUGAGGAAAGCAGACAUCUUCUGUGUAUGGAAUGCCUGGUGUCCCCUGAACACAAAUCUCAUUGUGAGCUGGCCAUUGAAAACGCCAUCAGCCACUACAAGGAACGACUCAACCGCAGAAGCAGGAAGCUCAGAAAAGACACUGAGGAACUUCGGCGGCUCAGGGCUCAGGAGGAGGAGAAACUGCAGGCUGUGCAGUUUCAGGUAGACUGUGGGAUCGACAGGCUGGAGGCUGAGCUGGAGAGCCAGCACCAAACCAGGAGACAACUGGAGACCCUCCCUCAGCAGUGGCCAGACCAACUGGAGGACCUGCCAGCAGAGGUGUCCAAAAUCUUUGACAUCUCCAGGGCAAUAACUCAGCUCAACAACGUGGUCACUGAUCUGGAGAGGACAGCUAAGGAACUGGACGCCAACACGCUGAAGAAUGCCAGUGACUUAUUGGCCAGGUAUGAGCCGUCUCAUCUUUCUUCCCAUAUGUGUUUACACAUGCAAACCCACACAAGCAUAGACAUGCUCAUGGGCUUUAUCAAAGUCAAAGAGAUCUACUUCUCUAUUAACUUUUGUAUCUUCAUGCUACAUGGCCAGUAGAAGAUUCAACGGAAUACACUGAAGGAUUUCUUUAUUUCUAGGAGUGCUCCACAGAAAUAAGAGGCUAUUUAUCCCGAGUUAGAGAAAAGAAUCAACGAAUCACUUCUUCUGUCAUCCUCAGCAGCUCUGACCUGUUCAUCCCUGGACGACCUCAUCUCAGACUCACCUCAGCCUCCUUGAUCUCCUUUCUCCAACCUGUCUGGCUUUCCAUUAGGUCUACCCCAUGUACCUUCAGACUUGCCAUCUCCUGAACAUGACCCCCUUUUCUCACCCCCACAGCCGUGACCUGAUGCCUGACCCUCUGACACUUGGACAAUGCUCACAUCCUCCUUCCUGAACCAAGUUUGUGCUGGUGGUUCCCACUGCAGAGGUCAGGAUCCAAGAUCUCCAUUUUGCCUGUGAAACGAUAAUAAUGCUCAUCUCUUACAAUCUCAUAUUAAAAUAGGAGUACCCAGGCACCUGGAUGGCAUGAGCCCAAUAGUGGUGAUACCACCUCUGUGCAUGGAGCUGGCAGGUCUGUUGGAUGGAAUAUUCCUUCUGAGCUCCUGUAGCGCCUAUUGUCUGUACCACUCACCUGGCACUUAUUCAUUAUUUUUGUGGUGGACAGACUCUAGGGUGGUCCCCCAUGAGCCUCCUCUCUUGCUGUUCAUGCCCUUGUGUGAUCCUCUCCCCUUGAGCAUGAGCAGGAUCUGUGACUUUCUUCUAAUCAAUGGAAUAUGGCAAAGGGGAUAGGAUGUGACUUCAGUGACUGUGUUACGUUGUAUGGACUCCCCCUUGCUAACAGACUCACUCUUGAGACUCUCAUUGCUGGAUUGAUGAAGUGGCCCCACGGCCAGCAGGCAGCCUCUAGGAGCUGACAGCAGCCUCCAGCCUUUAGCCAAUAAGAAGUAGAGGCCAUUGGUCUUGCAGCUGCAAGAAAAGGAAUUCUGCUAAUAGCCUGCAUGAACUUGGAAGUGGAUUAUUUUCCCCAGCUGAGCCUCCAGAUGAGACCCCAGCCCAGCUGACAUCUUGAUUGCAGUCUUGUAAGACCCUAUGCAGAGGACCCAAAUUUCUGACCCACAGAAACUGUGAGGUAA